GGUUGAUGUGCGGCUCAAGCCUAAUAUGAGUGGAAUUUUAGCGUUGUCCCGAAUUUCCUGCUGAGCUUUGGGACCUAGGACCUUGACUUUCUUCCCAAACCUCCACAACUUCCCACAUCCCACCUUUCUUUUUUUAAUCACUUUAUCACCAUCAAGCAAAUAAACAACUUCACCUCGAGAUCGACCAUAUCGCCGCCCAACAUGGCCGACGAUGAUUCCAGUGAACUCUCGUCACUAUCUGAGCUCUCCUCUGCCCCCUCUGAAUCCGAUGAGGAGAUCGAAGUUAAGCGCGAAAAGGGUAUCCUCAAGUUCUUUCACAAGCUCCCAGCCGGCACCAAGCCUGCCGAACCCAAAAAAGAGGCAUCGCCUCCACCGCGCAAGCGAUCGCCCUCGCCAGCACACGAAUAUGUUCUAGCCGAUAAUCCAGACGUGGCAUUCAUUGUCAUGUUCCGUGCACGAUUCAACGAUGCCCUGCCCAAGUCACUCGCCAACUUCGGCCCUCAAGAGAUCGAGCGCGACGUUACCGAAUCUAUUCCCGGCGAGCGUGUCGAACACUUUUUGUGUGCUGUUCUGAGCUUGUUGUUGAACCGCAAGCAAGAUGUCAAGCCAGGCCAUUAUAAUCGAGCACUAGAAGAUGCCAUUCACACGCACAAGAACCAGUGGGCGCGAGAUUGGGAGGAUCAGAGUCCUCUGUCGGGUGGCAAGACAUUUACCACCAUGGAUCCCACCGAACGACUUAAGUUACUACGAACCCUCAUCGUGUGGACCCUAUCCUCCUCCGAAGUGAUCAAGGGCAUAAUCAACAAGUCCUACAAAGGCGGCCGCCACGAAGACGACCUCAACCAGCCCCUCUCCGUACAACCGUGGGGAUCGGACAGCGACAAGCGCCGCUACUACCUGAUCGAGGGCCUGGACGACACCCAUUUUCGCGUGUACCGCGAGAGCAACCCGCAGGGGUUCAACCGCACCUGGUGGAGCGUGGCGGGCGACAUCGACGAGCUCAAGGCGCUAGCCGAGAAACUACAAACCUCCGACGGCGGGCCCAAGGCGAAGAAGCUGGCGCAUAAGAUGCUGGCGGCGGUGCCGCGCUUCGAGGCCACGGAGGAGAAGCGCAAGCGGCGCGAGUACCGGCUCAUGCGCAAGGAGCAGUUCAAGCGGCCCGAGCCGGGCUUCAGCAUGUACGAGGGCCGCACGCGCGGCAAGCGCAUGAAGUACACGUACUCGGACGACGAGGACUUCCUGUCCGACUCCACGGGCUUCCGGCGGUCGAGCCGCAACACGCGCAACCCGACGCCCGCCGAGCAGCAGCAGCAGCCGGCCGGACCCGUGGUCACCGCGAGCGGGCGUCAGGUCAAGGCGCCGUCGCGCAUGACGGUCGACGCGUCUAGCAACAUCGUCACCGUCAGCCCGACGACGAGCCGCGGGCCGAACGAGGCCGCCGAGUCGAAGGAGUCGUCGGUCGGUCCCUCCGGCCGGCCUAGGCGAUCGGCCGCCGUGAACCACGGUACGAACGGGUGGGCGCCUUCGUCGAAGAAGGGCCGGGGAUACAAUUCUAUGGAUGACGAUAUGGAGGAGUACGAUUCCCAAGAAGAGGACAGCGAACCCGAGCUCGGCGACGAUGAAGAGGACGCUCACGAGCCGGAAAACGAUAGCGAAGAGGAAGACGAGUAUGAUGAGGAUGAGAAGAUGGUCGAUGACGACCUGGACGAUGCGAAUAGCAAGGGCAGCAUGAUGGUCAAGCUAAAGCUCCCGUCGAAAAAGCGGGAUUCGUCCGACGCGAACGGAUCCGCGUUUAACCUCGACGACUAUCGCUAUAACGGCAAGAAAGACGAUUCUAAGAGCAAGUCAUCUUCGACGGCGGAGAGCAGCGGAGCCCAGAAAGAACCGACGCCAGAAGAGAAGAGCGAAGAGGUUAUCUCGGUUGCGACGACAAGAAAACAGACGACGCCGGAGAAGCCGGCCGCCCCCGCGAACAACGAUCAACCUAGCCGCCGUCCUACCACGCCCGCGUUAAACGCCUUGCAAUCGACCUCACUGGCUUUUAGGGAAAGCCCGGAUAAGGUCCAACAGGCGCUGCCGAAGCACGUCGACGUCGGGGCCGGGGAGUGAACGGCGUGUUUCAAAUUAAACCCAUAUUACCACAUAUACGGAGUCUCGGAAGAAACGAGACGUAAAGGAUUCUCGUGAUUUUCCUUACCUGUGAGAGAGGGGAGGAAGUCCUAAUACCUAUGGCAUAGCAUGAGAAAGGGGGGUGGGAUAUCAGCGUCUGCUAACUACUAUUACGAGAGGAUCGCGUUGUUCUAGACUUUUUGGUACGGAAUGGAACGAAAAAAAAAACGCAAAUGUCUCGAAUCUGUAGGGGAAGAACUGGCAGUGUGGUAUAAGGAGAUGGAUGGACAGAUGGGUGACAGAUCCAUGUACAUACAAACACAUUGCUAGCCAGUUACCUUCGCAUAGACGUGCUGCUUCAUCGAUAUGAGCAGACGGACACGGUAUUUUGCUGCUAUAGUACAGAUAGUACCAAAUAAGGCUCAAGCCACUUUAAAAGUCCGACUUCAAUUCAUCACGUACGUUCGCCCCCUUCUUUGCCAUCG